CCAUCUUUGACAAAACCUACCUUUGCUUUUUCUCGCCGUCAAGGUAAUGCCAAAGACGCAACAAGACAUAACAGUUGCCACCUUUGACAUUCCCGCCCCGCCCCCUCCCCCACCACCACCUGAAGACCCUACUUCCAAAAGCUCACCCGCUGUUCUGAAUCUCAGAACCACACCACCAUCCCAAUUCUUGCACAGAAUGACUUUAACCUCUCACCAGAACCUCUCACCGCCGCCCACAGGGCCGUACUUCUUCUACGGCACCCUCUCCCAUCCCCCACUUCUUCGCCAAAUCCCCAACCUAGACAGCCAGCCGCACCUUCGACCGGCCAAAAUCACCGGCUUCGAAUGUAAAUUAUGGGGUCCGUACCCUGCUCUCGUGGACGCAGGCGAUCCGCACAAUGUUGUUGAUGGGUACGUCUAUCGUGUCGAGACACCGGCACACGCGCGGAGACUUGCCGAGUACGAAACGGGGAAUUACCGUGCCGGGCCGUGCCAAAUUAUCUAUACGGAUGGAAAGGAGCCACUCGAAGAAAUAGGGUCGACGUUCCAGUUUGUUGGGGACAGAGAGGAUCUCGAUCAAGGCCAGUUCGAUCUUGAUGUUUGGUUGCGGCGCGUCGGGACUAGGGCUGGGAAUCGCUCUCCGGAUCGUGCAGCGAAUACCGAGCCUGCAUUCUAUGGGGUUUAUACCGUCCAGUUCGUCGGCGAGCCUAACCAUGUUGCUCUCUACAUCGAAACACUGCCCAAUGAAGAGGUGGAAAGGAGGAAGGGGCAGAAAUAUGACGUUACCGGAACGAUUCUGAUGGGCAUGGAGUACCGGAAGCAAGACUGCGAGGACCCUAUUCGGGACGCCACGUAUGUGCCAGACUCAAAGGAGAAGGUGGCGGCAAUUGCAACUGGAGAUUUGGAGAGAUUUGAACGCGAGUGCUGCGAGGCGACCGCUCCUCCUGCAUCCCAGGUCUUUCUGAAUGGUCGGCGAAAGGACCCUUCUAAGCCGCUUUAUCGGUGCAAUCACUGGGUGGACGAUGUUGUGAAGCUGGCUCUUGAGAAAGGGAUUUUCAAGACCUGAAGUAAUGGUUCGUGUUGCUCUUUGUCUUUACAAAUGUCGCGAGUUAACGGGUAUCGGGACUGUUGUUUCCGAGACUAGCCACGAUGUGACGUCUCGAGUGCCGUCACUGGUAGUCGGUGCUAGAGGGGGUAUGGCGGGAGACAAGAGAGUGCUCGGUGAUCAAGGAUCGAGGCCUGUGCUUCGCGACUGAGGAUACAAUGCUGGAGUUAUGCACACUGCCGUCUCCCUGUUGGCUCGGUGUGUCUUGCAGGCCCUGAUUCCGCUAGGGAUAUCAGAAUUGUACAGCAACUGAAUAAUGAGGGAUUCAACCGGCCGGAUACUGUUCCAAUAUAUGGGAAUGAGUUUAAGCCAGACUCAGCCUUGGUUUCCACAAUGUGGUCAAAACAGUAUUUUUGGUCUGGGGCAAUGUCCGAGAUACUUUAUAGUGCUCAAAUAAGCAAGCAUGGACAGUAGCCUGUCAUUAUAGAGAUCUUCGACGCUUUAUUCUACAAGACAUCAAUUCAUGUGUUUUUCAAAACUGAGUAUGAAGAUACGGCGAGUAUAUACAAUAUUAGGGUAUCCCAA